CAGCUCUUCAUCUAGCACCCAAGAUGGCAGAAGAUUUGGACGCAAGCACGUCUCGCAAAACCAUCGCCCUCAUCGUCUUUUCGACAUUUUGGGUUACUGCAACUGCCUACAACUACCUCCGCACAACUCGGUUGCCACCAACAAUACCAUGCGUAGGAUACGGGAAAGGUUGGAUCGCAAGCCUCCGUAAUUUCUUUGCUGUAACGAGGAGCAAAGAGUGGUUGAUGGAAGGGUACGAAAAAUACAGCAAGCGUGACGAGCUUUUCGUGCUACCUGCCGUACUGGGCAUGACCGCUGAAGUCGUUAUCCCAAGAUCACAGAUGGGCUGGAUGCUUGAACAGCCGGACUCUGUUCUUAGCACCAGUGGAGCGCACUACGAACUUCUCCAGGGUGAAUAUGCGUUUGUUAAGCCCAUCAUACUGCAAGACCCGUACCACGAGCACGUAGUGCAUAAGAAUCUGGUGCGCAAUCUGAACGCGAUUGUCCCUGAGCUUGAAGACGAGGUCAUACAAAACGUAAAUGAGUUGUUCGGUAUGGAUACAUCUGAGUUUAAAAAGAUGGACGUGAUGGAAUCGUUCAUGAGACUGGUUCCGAAAAUCACGAAUCGCAUGGUUGUUGGUCAACCGCUAUGUCGUGAGAAAGGCCUGCUAGAUGCUGUGCUUAGCUUCACUAUGGACGUUAUACGAACGCAGUUGGUCCUGUUCCUAGUACCAAAAACACUGCACUGGGUGAUAGGAAAUCUUCUAGGACUUGCUUCGAAGUACCAUUACUGGAAAUCGUCGAAAUUUACACUACCGCUGAUCAAACAACGACUUCAGGACAUCGAGAAGAAGAACAAGGGGCAUCCAGACUAUGAAUCGUGGAAGGCACCCAAUGACUUUGUUACAUGGAGCAUUCAAACAGCACUCACAGAAGGUAGAACCGACGAAGCUGAUCCUCGACGGAUUGCUAUGCGCAUGUUGCCCAUCAAUUUCGCAAGCAUUCACACCACGUCCCUAACUGCUUUCGAAACCAUGAAUCAUAUUCUUGCUGCAGACCCUAGUGUUCUGGAGGCUCUGAGGGUGGAGGCACAACGCAUACUACAAGAAGAAGGCGGUUGGACGAAACAGGGAUUGGCGAGAAUGCACCGCAUGGACUCUGCGAUCAGAGAAUCACAGCGCGCGUCACCCAUAGCGUUGACAUUCGUGCAACGUAGGGUCAGCCUCAAAAACGGAAUCACCACUCCAGAAGGGUAUGUCUUACCCUAUGGAACGAUAUUAUCAUGUCCCUGGACACCUGUCGCAUUCGAUGAUACUAUACAUGAAGACCCCUUGAAGUACGACGCAUUUCGUUAUUCGCGCCCUAAAGAAGCAUACGACGCCAUGAAUGCCGACGAAAAGGGAAAGGUGGACACUCUGAAGCUGAAGCAAUCCGGCCUUGUCACUACAGGUGAUCGUCAUCUUCCGUUUGGACACGGACGGCAUGCCUGCCCCGGACGCUUCUUCGUUGCGCACGAACUGAAGAUCAUAUUCGCACAUCUACUUUUGAACUACGAGUUCAAGCCACUGGCAAACAAACCGAAGGCGACGUGGGUGGUUAGAUUCCAGGUACCUCCACAAGUACAGAUUGAGGUCCGACGUCGUGGCGAGGGGCAUGAUUCCAAGAUCUUGUAACUUAAUGUUGAUAAACUACG